UGGAUCAUCGAUUAUUAGCAUUAGUUAGAGCCAUUAUCUCGACAAUGACAAGUGAACAAUAUAAGAAUGAUAUCGCAUACGCGAUGACUCCUUUUAAAUUGAUUACAUGGCUUAUCGGUGUAUGGCCACUUCAAGUUUAUGAUAUUUAUUCGCUCUUACGUUGUGUUUUCGGCAUUUUUUGUGCGAUUCUUUUUGUGGUUUUGCCUUCCAUGGAGCUAUACUUUGGCUGUACUGACAUAGAGGAGAAUAUAGACUGUCUGACACUAAUUUGUUGCGGAUUGCUCGGUGUUAUGAAGACGACAUGGUUCCGUAUUAAUACGAAUAGUUUAAUUAUCAAUUAUAAUUCUGCUUUAAACGAUUAUCUAACGAUUGACAAUACAAACGAGCGGGACAUCAUGCGAAAACAUGCUUUCAUAGGAAGGAUUCUUUGCUUUUUCUUCCUGGCCUUUACUUACUUUAGUUGUCUAAUACAUGGAGUAAUUCCUUUUUUGAAUCAAGAUAAUCUCAUUAACAUAACGAAUACAGAUACGGUAUUGAAAUAUGCAAUACCAUCGAGAUGUGCUCUCGAAUAUUUCAAUUUUCCAACAAGCAUGUAUAAAAUCUACUGUCUCAUCGAAAUUGUUAUACUAAUCAUAGCAGCAACAGCAAAUCUUGGUAACGACGUAUUGUUUCUCAACAUUACAUUGCAUAUUUGCGGUCAAGUUAACAUUCUGAGGCUCCGUUUCAUGAACUUCGAUGUUACAAGUCCACGAAUAUAUGAUCGUUUUAACGCGUUAAUUCAAAGACAUUGUUAUCUGAUAAUGCUAGCCAGAAAACUUACUAAUUUGAUAAGUUUCAUAUUGUUAAUAGAACUAUUCAUAAUCGGCAUAUUAAUAUGUAUAAUUGGAUUUCAGCUCAUCCUCGCAUUGAAAGUCAAUGAUAUCGUUAUGAUAGGAAAGAGUUUAAUAACACUGAGUGCUUUCCUGAUACAACUAACGUUAUUUAGUUCUAUCGGGAAUUAUCUGAAAUCUGAAAUGGAGGAGAUAGGACUGUCUAUUUAUCAAAGUGCUUGGUACAGUUUUCCUAGCAAAUUGACAAGAAACGUUAUCUUUAUUCUUAUGCAGGUAAAAUCUCCAGUCAUGCUUCAAGCUGGAAGUUUUAUCGUUAUCAAUUUGCCAACCUAUGUAAGCAUUUUAAAAACCUCUUUUUCAUAUAUAUCUGUACUUCGCAUAAUGGUCGGAGUAUGAAAUAUAAGAUGGAAAUGAUAGA